ACGCGCCCGGUUACGUACAGCAGCAGCUCAACAACACGAUGUACAGCACUUCACAAAGGAUCAGUGCUGUCUUUGGCCUCUUUACCACCGUCGUGUUCACGUUAUGUGCCUUCAUCGCCGCUACGUCCUGGCUGUUCACUCCAGAGCCGAUUACUGAGGUGUCAAUACGGAAUGUCAAUGUCGUUAAGGGACGUACAGCUUAUCAACGCUCGGAUAAAUCACAGGAGUAUGCGUUGUUGAAGUUCGACCUCGAUUACGACCUCACCUCUCUCUUUCACUGGAACACGAAGCAACUUUUCAUCUACCUCGUCGCAUCUUACGACACUCCACAGACGACCAACGAAGUCGUCGUUUGGGAUCGUAUUAUCCAGCAAAAGACUCAAGCGAAGAGGAGAGUUCGGGGCGAGAAGAAUAAGUACAAUGUCAACGACAUUAAUGGCUCUUUCAAGGAUGUUAACGCGACAUACUCGCUUCAUUGGAAUGUUAUGCCGCAAGUGGGGCUCUUGGAAUGGGCUUCUGGAGCGCCUUCUGGAGUCAUUGAGUUUCCAGAUGCGAAGCAGCGUUGAAGAGAACAUGGAGGUAUAGGGGAUCGAGGUGCAAGAAAAGACCGCCUCGGCUAG